CAAAUUGGUUUAAAGACGGAUUUCCUUCUUGUUCAAGUCGAGUGCAUCUUGCUAAUAAGAGGGCUACAGGAAGAGCGUAGUCUAAGGGCUUUACAUUUCAAAUAGCUACUGCCAUAUAACAGCCAGCAACAACACCUGUUUUGGUCAACUGCAUUCAGCCAACCAAUUCUUUAAAACUACAAGAUCCAACUAGCAUGUUUUGGCGCUUCGGUUUCCAUAACUCUUCGGUGAUUGACAGUAUUCUUGAGAGAGAUGGUGCGACUCUUGAAGAUAUCAUGGGCGAAGAUGACCUUGUGCAGGAAGUCAAAUCUCAGAGUCCAAAGCUAAUAGAUUUCCUAUGCAAGCCUGUCAACAUUGAAAAGCUUUUGGGAUAUAUUACUGCUGAUGAUUUGGACGAGGCCAAGAAAUUCAAAUUUCCAUUUGUAGCAUCCGAGGUUUUCGGAUGCGAAAUAUUUGCUAUUUGCGAAGCCCUUGUCAUGAACUCGGAAAUUUUUGGCAAUUUUUGGAAACUAUUGGAGAAACCUGCUCCACUUAACCCAUUGCAAGCAAGCUACUUUUCCAGAGUCAAUUACUCACUUUUGAAUAGAAGAACUGGUUUGACUCUUGCUUUUAUUCGCUCUUAUCCAAACGCUGUCAAACUGCUUUUAAAUCAUAUUGGUACUUCCACAAUUGCCGACCUUAUCUUAAGACUGAUCACCGCCGAGGAUGCUCCAGAUGGAGUUGGUAUCAUCAAGUGGCUUGGUAGUCAAGGCUUGAUUUCUCAUUUAUUUUCCCAGCUCGACCCCAAUCUGGAUCCAGAGAUUCACACAACUGCAUCUCAGACGCUAAUAGAUAUUAUCACUGUCAGUUAUCAAAGUCAAUCGAUGCCUGAACAAACACCCGAAGGUGCACACCCCUCCGAUAUGCCGCCCAGUUUUUUUGCUCCAGCUGGAAACACGUUGGUCGAUGAAAUGAAAAGUAAAAUUUUACUUCAGAAACUUGUUUUAUUCAUGCUUGACCAAAAAGCACCUCAUGCCACGAGCAGUCUCACACACGGCAUCAACAUUAUUGUAGAGCUCAUUCGUAAAUAUUGCAGUGAAAUUGAAAAUGCCGAGAUUCAGCAUCACGACUAUCUAGUACAAGUACAAGCCAAUCGCCAAUGCCCAAGACAUCCUACGCCUGAGAGACUAAAUGCACUUUCAGUUGAUAUGAAUGAUUUGUUGCAUGUUGUCAAAGCCAGCUUACCAGAGUUUGUCAAACUAUUAGCCACUCCUCGCAGCCUCGCUUCUUCAACUGAUCCUGCAUAUGUCCGUCCCGUAUUAAAACUGCGUCAAGCAUUAGGCUCAGAGCGACUCAAAAUAUGCGAGUUGUUUGCCGAGUUUCUGCAUCUGCAAUAUCUAUUUACUUCCUCUCCACUUUUUGACAGUCUAAUCAUGCCUCCUCCUUACACAUCUCCAGCAAACGAGGCUGGUGAAAUCCCUGCUUAUGUUGCACCAACCGAUACUGUUAUUGAUGGUCUCAUGUCACUCACAGACUCACUGGUUGAUGGGAAAAUCAUGGUGGUCUGUAUCAGCCAUUUUUUCCAAUUCAGAUGGAACAACUUUUUUCACUCUAUUGUGUAUGAUAUGAUUGCCAAGGUGUUUAAUACUUAUUCGUACACAAGCAGUAUUCCAACUCCAUUGGCGAUGGCUGGACCUGCUCCCUCUGCUGCAGAUCUUUCUGGAAGUGAGAUUGAUGCUACUUUGACUAUUUCUCAAAUUACUAGCCAGAAAAAAAUGAGAGAGCUCCGUAUCAGUGUCAAGAGACUGGUUGUUUCGAUUUUUAAAGAUGCUCAUCUAAUGGCUCACAUUACUGAUGCUCAACAUCAAAACGACUACGAAGUUGAGCAACCCAAGGGUGUCAGACUUGGGUAUAUGGGUCAUUUAACGUAUAUUUCAGAUGAAGUUUGCAAAUUGUUUGACAAGUGCAAUGUAGAGCUUGACGAUGAACUACACGAUUUUAUGAACUCUGAUCAAUGGAGCGAGUAUGUAUCGCACCCACUCCGAGAAACACGCGAGCGAGACCGACAACCUCUUGGCGGGACACGACCCGAGAUACCGAUUGGAAGUGGGCCCGCUUUUGCUGGUAGCACUAUUGGUUACAAUCCUGGCAAUGGAAAGUUUGGUGAAGAUAUGUCCGAUUCAAGCAAACCUAGGAAAAAGUCUGAAGUUGGCCGGGAUGGGAGCGACGAAGAAGAAGACGGAACUGCUGCUGGCAGUAGAAACACAUCCGGAGAAAGCGAUACAUUUAAUGAUCAGUUUGCAAGAUAUUUGUGUCAACAGCUAGUGAAGGACCUACCAGAUCGUUUCUUGGGCGGUGAUAGUUCUGAUGAUGACGAAGAUGCAGAGCAUCAAUGGAUGAACGAUCUCGAGGGACAAGAUGUUAGCUUUGAUAUUGCAGAGGCUAUUCAGAUGGACGAUCCCUUUGUCGGCGGCAGUCGUGCUCGUGAGCCCGAUGAAGAAACACUGAGCGACGAUAUGGCUUCAUCUAGAGUUGAUGGUGAUGACGAAAAUCAAUCAGAGAGUCGCGGAGCGAGCAAUAUUGAAGGCUCAAGUGACGCGGAUGGCGCAUUCAAUACUAAAGAUUUGGAGCAAGCGCUAUAUAGUGUCAAUAAUAACUCUGCUUUUGGAGAGUCAUCAUCCGAGACUAAUUGGGCUGAUUUCAGCAAUAUGGGCGCUGUACCGCCAACCAAACCACCCACUUCUGAAGUUGAAUAAAGCAAACCGGACAUGCCUUUUACAUU